AAUAAUCCCGGGUGGCCUUCCUUCCUCAUACUGUCUGUGACCGGUGGACCGGAGUCAGCGGUAGGGCAGAAGUGUCCGUUAUCCGUUCAGAAGUGGCCUUUAUCAAACUUGUCGUGAAAAAUGGGGGCCCGCGAUGACGAAUACGACUAUCUUUUCAAAGUUGUACUAAUCGGUGACUCAGGAGUAGGGAAGAGCAACCUGCUUUCCCGCUUCACGAGGAAUGAGUUCAACCUGGAGAGUAAGAGCACCAUCGGGGUGGAGUUCGCCACCCGCAGCCUCCAGGUGGACGGCAAGAUGAUCAAGGCUCAGAUCUGGGACACAGCUGGCCAGGAGCGCUACAGAGCCAUCACAUCAGCGUACUACCGGGGCGCGGUGGGGGCUCUCCUGGUGUACGACAUCGCCAAGCACCUGACCUACGAGAACGUGGAGCGCUGGCUGAAGGAGCUGAGGGACCACGCCGACAACAACAUCGUCAUCAUGCUGGUGGGCAACAAGAGCGACCUGCGCCACCUGCGGGCCGUGCCCACGGACGAGGCCCACGCCUUCUCAGAAAAGAACACGCUCUCGUUUAUUGAAACCUCCGCCUUGGACUCUACGAAUGUAGAAGAAGCGUUUAAGAACAUUUUAACAGAGAUCUACCGCAUCGUGUCACAGAAGCAGAUGUCCGACAGAUCUUCGCACGACGAUUCUCCGGGCAACAACGUGGUGGACAUCAGCGUCCCUCCCACCACCGACGGUCUGAAGGGAAACAAACUCCCGUGCUGCCAAAGCCUGUGACGACGUCCAUCACCGUCAUCAGUUACUUCAGCAUCAUCAUCAUCAUCAUCAUUAAUUUCAGCAUCAUCAUCAUUAACUUCACCACAACCACCAUCAACACCACCACCAUCAACACCACCAUCAACCUCGACAUCAUCAUAUGCCGAUGGACUCCCCCUGAAAUCUCCUUCUUCCAUACAGUUGUGUUCUGCUCUUGAGGGUUCUGACUCCUACGGUGUGUACCUCCUACGUGGAAAAAAAAAAAAAGUAUCUGGAGGCCUCGACUGUCACAACUGACUGUUGGUUCUAGUUCUGUUUGUGUCGUCUGUUUUUGGUUGGCUCGUUGCUUUGCUCUUCUUGCAUUUCAUUUAGCAUUUUCAUUAAAGGAGCGUACAUCGACACUGAUUGUAUGACCUAGUCCUUUGGUUUGACUGGCGAGAUAUCUCGAAGAAUUUGUCGUUUUGUACUCCAACUAGCAAGUUUCUUUUUUUUUCUGUGAAAUGAAACCAUUGCGGUGAUAUUGUGAUGUUAUCUUUGUCAAAUCUGGAUUUGAUUGUUUUCUCCUUUCUCUUGUUCUUCACUUACCUCAGUAGCUGGGGGUCUUGGGCGUUUAACAGGGCAGCUUUGCUUUAGAGCUAUCUUUCUUUUGUUUGAGCCAAGGUUGUGUGGUCAAUAAUGAGUAUCAGCCGGGGACCUUAAGUUUGAUUGAGGUGAUAGGUUGGAGUUUGGCCAAAAUACAUCAAUAGUUUAUUUAAUUUUUUCUUUGACAGCAUGAGUUUGCAUAAAUACCAAAGAAGUUGAUUAGAUUACUGCAAACAUUGGGAUGAUAUCACAGAUACGCAUGUCUUUCAACAUUUUUUUUAUCAUUUUGUUUAAUAUUAAAAACUUUUACCCUUC